CAAUAUUCACUAAAAAGAAAAAAAAUUGUAAAACAAACACACCCCAAAUUGUUUGACCUGCUUCAAGCUGAAAAAAAACCAACAAAAGUUGAGAAAGCAGCAUUCCCGAUCCUAAAAAGCGAGUGCAAAUCAUUGGAACUCCCCGCCACAGACGCCGGAAUAUUAUUUUUGCCCCUCGCAGAUUCCCUUUCGCGUAAUUUUCUGCCCUAAAUUUUGGCUUCUUUAACUGAAGGAGAGUGGUUGCGAUUAAUUGUAACAAGUAGGGUUUUUGAGGUGGGGUUGAAAACUGAAAAUGGAGAGGUUGGGAUCCGAGGCGGCGCUGGCUGGGAUGGAGACGAGCAUGAAGGAGGAGCUUUGCAUGGAGAUCGAUCCGCCGUUCAAGGAGAAUCUCGCCACAGCUGAUGACUGGCGGAAGGCACUCAACAAGGUGGUUCCCGCAGUCGUCGUCCUCCGGACCACCGCCUGCCGUGCCUUUGACACGGAGUCCGCGGGUGCUUCUUAUGCCACUGGCUUCGUCGUCGACAAGCGCCGCGGAAUCAUCCUCACGAACCGCCAUGUCGUCAAGCCUGGGCCGGUGGUGGCGGAAGCUAUGUUUGUGAACCGCGAAGAAAUCCCGGUGUACCCGAUAUAUAGAGAUCCUGUUCAUGAUUUCGGCUUCUUCCGUUAUGAUCCUUCUGCUAUACAAUUCCUUAGCUAUGAGGAAAUUCCUCUUGCUCCUGAGGCUGCAUGUGUGGGGCUUGAAAUUAGGGUUGUCGGGAAUGAUAGCGGAGAAAAGGUCUCUAUUUUGGCGGGAACUCUUGCUCGUUUGGAUAGAGAUGCUCCACACUAUAAAAAGGAUGGCUACAAUGACUUCAAUACCUUCUACAUGCAAGCAGCUUCUGGAACAAAAGGUGGUUCAAGUGGCUCUCCUGUUAUUGACUGGCAAGGCAGAGCAGUUGCUCUGAAUGCUGGGAGCAAGACAUCUAGUGCUUCGGCAUUUUUUUUACCUUUAGAACGAGUUGUGAGGGCCUUAAGCUUCUUGCAGAAAGGAAGAGACUCCGUUACUAGUACAUGGGAGGCAGUCACCAUUCCCCGUGGUACGCUUCAGGCUACAUUUCUCCACAAAGGAUUUGACGAGAUACGCAGGCUUGGCCUCAGAAGUGAAACAGAACAGUUAGUACGCCAUGCUUCUCCACCUGGGGAAACUGGAAUGCUUGUUGUUGAUUCGGUGGUGCCAGAUGGCCCAGCGCAUAAGCAUUUGGAGCCAGGUGAUGUGCUUAUUCGAUUGAAUGGGGAGGUGACUACCCAGUUUCUGAAGAUGGAGAAUUUGCUCGAUGACAGUGUCAACGAUAAAGUUGAACUUCAGAUUGAAAGGGGAGGCAAACCAUUGAGUGUGGAAUUAACGGUUCAGGAUUUGCACUCUGUUACUCCUGAUUACUUUCUGGAAGUGAGUGGUGCUGUUAUACACCCUCUUUCUUAUCAACAGGCCAGGAACUUCCGUUUCCAAUGUGGUCUUGUAUAUGUUGCAGAACCAGGGUACAUGCUAUUCAGAGCUGGAGUACCACGCCAUGCUAUUAUUAAGAAGUUUGCAGGUGAAGACAUAUCAAGACUUGAGGACUUCAUUUCUGUGCUCUCUAAGUUAUCCAGGGGAGCAAGAGUUCCAUUAGAGUAUAUAAGCUACACGGAUCGGCAUCGUAGAAAGUCUGUCCUGGUAACAGUUGAUCGUCAUGAGUGGUAUGCCCCUCCUCAGGUAUACACUCGUAAUGACAGUUCUGGCUUGUGGAAUGUAAAGCCAGUUUUGCCACUGGACUCUCCACUCUUAUCACCAGGGGUCAAUCCCAUUGAACAAGAUCCAGCGAGCAAUAGCAUUUCAACAUGUGCUGCUGAGAUAACAUCAAUGGAACAAGCACAUCAAUGUGUUGGCCAGGAGCCAAUGGAUGGUGUGACUAGUAUGGAAACUAGCUGUGAACAAAUUGACAAUGGGCCACAUUCUCUAGAUGAUUCUGACUCUGGAACGAAAAAAAGGCGGGUCGAGGGAGAUUUGUCUGCUGAUGGUGUUCUAUCACCUGACUGUGCCCUGCAUGAACCUAGGGAAGAAAGAUUGGAAGACCCUGGAACAGAAAGUGAGACGGUUUUGAGAGAUUACCAAGGAGGAGCAGCAGUAGCAAGUAAUGCUUCAGUUGCUGAGCGUGUAAUUGAGCCUACCCUCGUAAUGUUAGAGGUUCAUGUGCCAUCAUCUUGUAUGCUGGAUGGCGUGCACUCACAGCAUUUCUUUGGAACUGGUGUUAUCAUAUAUCACUCACAAACAAUGGGGUUGGUUGCUGUUGAUAAAAACACUGUUGCAGUGUCUGUCUCUGAUGUGAUGCUGUCUUUUGCUGCUUAUCCAAUUGAAAUUCCCGGCGAGGUGGUUUUUCUCCAUCCCGUGCACAAUUUUGCACUUGUUGCAUAUGACCCUUCUGCACUUGGUGCUGGUGCUUCUGUAGUUCGAGCUGCUGAACUUCUUCCUGAACCUGCAUUGCGUCGUGGAGAUUCUGUAUGCCUUGUGGGUCUGAGUAGGAGUCUACAGGCAACUUCCAGGAAAUCUGUGGUCACCAAUCCUUCAGCUGCUCUAAAUAUUGGCUCAGCUGACUGUCCAAGAUACAGAGCAACCAAUAUGGAAGUAAUUGAACUUGAUACUGAUUUCGGUAGUACAUUUUCUGGUGUCCUUACGGAUGAACUUGGAAGGGUUCAAGCUAUUUGGGGAAGCUUUUCAACACAGCUCAAGUAUAGUUGUAGUUCAUCUGAAGACCAUCAAUUUGUUCGUGGUAUUCCAAUUUACACAAUAAGCCAGAUCCUCGAAAAAAUCAUAUCCCGUGCUAUUGGUCCUACUCUUCUCAUAAAUGGAGUCAAAAGGCCUAUGCCACUUGUCAGAAUACUGGAGGUUGAACUUUAUCCUACUUUGCUCUCCAAAGCCCGUAGUUUUGGGCUGAGUGACUCUUGGAUCCAGGCACUGGUGAAAAGAGAUCCUAUUAGGCGUCAAGUAUUAAGGGUGAAAGGCUGCUUAGCUGGAUCUAAAGCUGAAAAUUUACUAGAACAAGGUGACAUGGUUUUGGCAAUCAAUCAAGAACCAGUUACAUGUUUUCGUGACAUUGAAGAUGCUUGCCAAGCGCUAGACCAGUGUGAUGAUGAUGGGAAGCUCACUCUGACAAUUUUUCGUCAGGGUCGUGAAAUCGAUCUGCUUGUGGGAACAGAUGUGAGGGAUGGGAAUGGAACUACACGUGUAAUAAAUUGGUGUGGUUGUAUUGUCCAGGAUCCUCAUUCAGCUGUGCGAGCUCUUGGAUUUCUACCUGAAGAAGGUCAUGGCGUAUAUGUGGCAAGAUGGUGUCAUGGGAGUCCAGUACAUCGGUAUGGUUUGUAUGCUCUUCAAUGGAUUGUAGAAGUAAAUGGGAAGCCAACUCCGGAUUUGGAUGCUUUCGUCACUGUGACAAAGGAAAUAGAGCAUGGGGAGUUUGUGCGUGUGAGAACAAUUCACUUGAACGGUAAGCCUCGAGUGCUUACACUGAAACAGGAUUUGCACUAUUGGCCAUCAUGGGAGCUGAGAUUUGAUCCUGAAACUGCAAUGUGGCGUCGAAGAACAAUCAAAGCACUGGUGUGAUUAACUGGUUGUGGGUAAAUCCCGAUUUAUCUCUUUGGAAAAAGAAAUGCUACAAACAUUGGAAUUAGUCCCGACUUGCUAUUUGAAUUCAGUACUGGUUUUACCAUAUGCCCUAUAUUUUGCCAAUUUGCUUAGACAAGGAGGACCAAUACAAACUUGAGGUUAGCAGUUAAUUAUUUAUUGUAAAUGAUGGUUAUAAGAGAGCAUCCAAGGAGCUAUACAUUUACAUGAAGACAAGGUAGAGUUGCGGAUAUUAGAAAGAAUAAGGGUUUUUCAUCUUGUCAUUUUACUUAUUUUUUCUUAUUGUCAAUUAUCCUCGGUCGCCAUGUUCUUUUGCCUGUUAAAUUACUGUGUAUGGGAAUGCUAUCUGCAACCCAAUCCUAGAUGGAAUCCUUGGAGAUGCCAACUUGGUUGAUGCUAGCCUGUGAACCAGCGGUCUUGAUUUUACCCAUUAUACGAAGCUAUACUUUCUUGACAUGAAAUACAUCUAAGGUUAUGCUUACGAUCAUGAAAAGAAAUUAAUAAAUCAAAAUUAGGAUUGCUUCC